AUGAUUCAGUCAACCGCCAAAUGCGCCGCCACACAGGCGGCGCUGCUUGCGGGCGAGCCCGUUCUCAGAGGCGCCACGUCAGCACCGGCGUCUCUCUCGCCCGCCACGUGGCUGCCGCUAGGCCGGUCCGGACCCACUCCUGGAGCGCCACGUGUGGUCAGGACAGCGGGGUUUAGACCAGGAGCGGCGGUGGCGGCGGCAGCGGGAGGAAGGGGCACGAGCAAGGGGGGGGACAGAGUGUCGUCCUCUGCCGUCCAGCAGCAGGUGCUGCUGGCGUCAGUGUCCCAGUCCACGUCAGCACCACCUCCCGUGCGACCAUCCCAGCCGUCCUCUUACCCGGGCACGCCUCUCAUGUGGGUGGGCGUGGGCGUGGCUCUCUCGCUCUUCGCCUCGUGGGGCUCCAAGUUUGUCAUGCAGCGCAUGCAGCAAGCCAUGAUGAAGCAGAUGCUCAGUGCCAUGCAAUCUGGAGGCGGCGGCCCGGGCGGCGCGGCCAAUCCGUUUGCGGCAGCUGGCAUGGGCGGCGGCGCCAACCCGUUUGCGGCCAUGGGCGGCGGAGGAGCAGCAAACCCCUUCGGUGGCAUGCCCUUCCCCCCACCACCACCAGCAGCAUCACCAUCAUCAUCACCCUCCUCCUCCUCGUCUUCCCCCUCCUCUGGGUCCUCCAAGGCCAAGUCCUCCUCCACAGCCUCCAAGGCGUCUGCAGCAGUGGUGGACGUGGCAGCACAAGUCUCAGACGCCAAGCCCGCAGCUGCCGCUGCUGCAGCACCCUCUUCUGCCACCACCAGCCCUACCAGCAGCAGCAGCGCUUCUUCGUCGUCAGCAGCAUCCUCGGCUCCUGCAGAGGAGGCGGAGAGCAGCAGCAAGAAGAAGAGCUUCUUUCAAGACGCUGAGGUGGUGGAGGAGCCAUCCGGGGGAGGCUUCUCCUGGGGGAACACGGGCAGCAGCACGGGCAGCAGCGGUGGCAAUGCAUCUAAUGCCACUUGGGAUACGUCCACCAACUCAUUUGCCAACGGAGGAGGUGGUGGCGGGGCUAAGGGCAAGAUGACAGUGGAGGCACUGGAGAAGAUGCUCGAGGACCCCAUGGUGCAGAAGAUGGUUUUCCCAUAUCUGCCAGAGGAGAUGAGAGACCCGGCCACCUUCAAGUGGAUGAUGCAGAGCCCCAUGUACCGCCAGCAGCUAGAGAGCAUGCUCGACAACAUGGGCGGCACGGGCUUUGAUGACAGAGUCCUGGACAUGAUGAAGAGCUUCGACCUCAACAGCCCCGAAGUGAAGGACCAGUUCUCCCAGCUGGGCAUGUCACCAGAGGACGUGGUGGGUAAGAUCAUGUCCAACCCCAAGCUCGCAGCUGCCUUCCAGAACCCCCGCCUGCAGGCCGCCAUCCUCGAUGUGUCCUCCAAUCCCAUGAACUGGACCAAGUACCAAAACGAUGCUGAGGUCAUGGAGAUUUUCAACCAGGUCCAGAAGCUCUAUGCCCCACCGCACUGGUUGUGCCUAUUCGGCAUUGUCCACUUACCUGCAUCAUCCCCUCCCCUCCCCCACCCAAACCUGUGUCAUGCUUACACUGGCUGGCAGGUGAUGGAGAUCUUCAACCAGAUCCAGGAGCUCUUUGCCCCGCGCUGA